ACUGUUUCCAGGACAACCAACUGACGCUCCUGUCAAUCAAGCGUCAGAGCGGCAGAGCUGUGAGCCUCAAGUUCAGCACCGACUUAAAGCUCCGCGUUUGUCCACUGAAAAGAAAUGGCUGACAGAGAGGACGGAGUAAAGACAGAUGCAGAGGACACAGAUGAGCUGCUUUAUACUGAUCUCAAUGACAGCAGCAGUGUGUCUGGUCCGGACCCUUCACCUCUCAAACUGGACCACUGCGACCUUCUCCUAGAUGCUCUCGAUGCUCAGCUCGGUCAACUGCGGGUCCAGCCCCAGAAACAUCAGGCAAUGUCCAGAGAGCUUGAUUGCAGCUAUGCAGCUCCAUUUCAGUGGAGUCAAUCACUGAGCAAAGACACAGGUCUUGGAAGUACAACUCAGACAAAUGACACUCCCAUGUCUGGUCUUGAUUUGAUACACACUCUAACGAUGGAGCAAACAUCAGAGAAAAGCACAGGCUGCAGGGAAGCUCCUGUCACUCACGAGGUAACUAAAGACAAGUUAGACAGAAGGACAAGAGACAAGGAGGAAAUGGAGUCUCAGAGGGAGCAAGUUAUCUGGAGGCUGGAGAGGCUGCUUGGAGAAACCUGUAGCGAAGGAGUGAUGGCUGCAGAAACUCUCCCUCCUUCAGACAGCAUCUGCACUGAGGACUUUGUCAGGUGCUUUAGAGACGAGAUGGUCGAGUUGCCAUUGCCAGAGAGUAAUUUACUGCAACUAGAUAGAGCUGCAGUGACUCAGAGGACAGAAGGAUCUGACUGUGAUACUUACCGAUGUGACCAAAAGGGCCAAAGUGUUCUCAGUGUUGAUGGAAAAGGAACAGCAACGACUUUCAGAAGAGAGCAACUUGCUAGCGAGAAAGCAGGAGGAGAGAGAUACAACACACAACAGAGGCGUAGUGAUGAUGGUAACAUCUCUUACAGAACAGAGGAUGUCGCAGAACAUGAAACCCUGCGGCAGAACAACAACCGCUCCCCUAAGGCCAGGUGUUUGGCAGGAGUGCCUGUGUGGAGUUUUGACACCGUGUCCAUUGACAGUGACCUUGAGUCAGUCUGCACGGAGCAAGUCAGGCAGCAUCUUCACAGGCGGCCAGGGUGGCGCUCUCUCGUUCAGUCCUUCACGGACAUGGACGACUACUGCACCAACACAAGCGACUAUGACACACCCACACAAGAAGAUAGUGAACCUCAAUCUGCAUCAGGUCAGAGAUCCUCUCAUGGAAAUGCACAAAACAGAAGUCCCUCUGUCUGUAAAGCCCAGCGUAAUAAGAGAGAAACUUACAGACUUGUGUGUUCUUUGGGUGACAACGACAAAGACACGGAUGAGGAAAUAAAUCACUGGAGCAGGAGAUGCAGGCCUGAGAGGACGUCAGAGAAGAUGCAGUCCGAUUGGGUCAGGAUGAAAGAGCGUCUCUCUAUACUCCAACAAAAGUGUGAGAAAGAGGAGGAGACACUGCAGCUGAGGAAGACUCAGUUAAAAGAUGUUGAGUUCUCCCUCACUGAGCUUCAACAGCGAAGGAAGCAUGCCUUGCAGGGUUUAGAGCACCUUGUUGCAGAGACAGCAGAACUGGAGAAGGAGAAGAAGACUCUUGAGUUCGUUCUGAGAGACAGCAGGACAGGGACUGACUCUAUCAGUUGUGAGCUUCAGGAGCAGAGUGUCGUUGAUGUAAGAGACAUGGAGCGCUGCAGGCAGACUCUGAAGGAUGGAGCCUUCAUAGAGAGGCCCUGUGUGGUCAUGUCAGUGCUGGAGAGGGAGGAGAUGGACAGACAGCUGGACGGCGCCAAAACAGAACUGUUCGCUGAACAGCGACGCGCAAGAGAGAAGCUAGAGUCCAUGAGAGAGAAAUUGGAGGAGACUCGUGAGGAGCUUCAGAGGGCCACAGAGGCAGAGAGCCUGCUGAGAGGCAGGUGUGCAUGUUUAGAGGAGAAGAAGAGGCAGAAGAAGGAUCAGAUCAAGGCAGUAGAGUUUCAGGUUGGCGAGCUGCAGGGUGAACUGGGAGAAUGUAAGAUCAGAGUGGCUACUCUGGAGAGGAUGUUGGCCCAGAAGGAGCUGAAGCUGCAAGAUUUACAUGAGCAACAUGGAGCCUUACAAGCUGAAAGAGAUGGACUAAAGGGGGAGCUGCAACACCUGGAAACCCAGCACUGCAGUGCAAUGACAGAAGCCCAGGAGCAAGCUCAGAAAGCAGUGGUUAGUGCUGAGGAGGCAGCACUGAAGCAGCAAAAGAAAGAUUUGACUUUGGCUCAUGAGCAGCGAAUCCAAAAGGUUAUUAAGCAGACUGAAGAGGAGAAAGCAAACGCUUUGAGAGAACAAGCUCUGUCUCUCACACGACACAUUGAGUCAUUGAAAACUUCUUUUGAGCUAAAGGAAAAAGAGGCAAAGAAGCUGAGAGAUUCUCUGGAGCAGCAGAAGGAGGAGGCAAAGAAUCGAGAGGAGCAGCUGCAUGCAGAAGCUUUGGAAAAGGUGCACAGAGCAAUAGAGGAGGAGAGGAGGAAAUGGGAGGCAGAAAAAGUGAAAGCAGUGCAGGUGCAGUGUGGGAUCCUGGAGGAGCAGAACAGAAAGAGUCUGGAAACCAUGAAGAGUGAGAUGCAGCGAGAGAAGAGUAAAGCACUGGCUCUUCAACAUAAAGUAGUGGAGCUAAAAACAAGACUUCAGGAGUUGGAGAGCGACAGCUGUGCGCAGCAGAGAGAGCAGGAGUCUUUGCUGGCAGUUAUCUGUAAAUCUCUGAAAGAGGAGCACCAGGCUGAGCUGCAGAAGUUGCAGAGACAGAUGGCACAGCAGAGUCAGAGAGCAGCACUGCGGCUCGAGCAGGCAGCUCAGCUGGCACACAGAGAGGCAGACCGGCUCCGGAUGAUGCUGGAGGAAAGAGAGAGCAGCCAUAAACUGAUCACAGCUGAGCUGGAAGAGCAGCUCAGGCGCUGGACCCAGGAGCUGGGAGCAGAGUGCCAGCAUCUACUCCUCUUAGUGGAGCAGAGUGGAGCCAAACACAUUUCUGUUCAACUACCUCCCAGUUCUACGGGAGCUGAGGCUCUUACAAACCUGAGAUCCCUUAGAGAGCAGUUGAAGCGCAUGAUUAGCCAUCUGCACCAGGAGCUUCAUUCACAGAAACAAACCACGGAGCAGCUGAGCCAAGACAAGGAGCGAGAGCUGAGCAUCCAGAGGAAACAGCUGAGGAUGGAGAGAGAUCAAGCCUUGGAUUCUCUGAAGGAGCGUCUCAUUCAGGAGCACAUCGAGGAGUUAAGCAGUCUGAACUGGGCUCACAUGUUUGAUGGGGCAGCCGAGGGAGGAGGAGUGGCGGCGUCUCUUCGCAAACAGCUGAAGGCCAAAGACGUGGAGCUGAGGCUGGUUCAGAGGAGCAUGGCUCAGUGGAGAGAGCACACUGCAGCUCGUCUGGCAUGCAAGUUCGAGGAAGAGCUGACAGCUGAACUGGAGAGAAAAGCAUCAAAGACUCGAGAAGAGAGGCGGAGAGAGUCUGAGAGGCCUGAAGGAGGAAUGACGCUCAGUGCAACGCAGGAAGCUCCAUAUUCACUUUGCUCUCCCUCCCUGCAUGUCGCUGCCUCCCACAGACCCUCAGACGUGGCUUCAUUUAAGCUCCUGCGUUACCUCCAGAGCAGAGUCAAGCAGCUCCGCGUAGAAAACCAGUCGUGCAGCUGGAGCCCGUCGUCUUCAAGCACAGUCCCUUUAGAUCUGUCAGGAUCCUAUCUUACAACGGCUCAAGCUCUUGAAGUGGCACACAUGGAGCUCACUCAGAGUUAAGACGUCGCUGGAGUUCAGAGCCACUCAUCAUUCAGGACACUGAGUCUGCAGCACCAUCACAUUUCCAUGUCCUCCUCUCCAGAGCUGUGGGCCACAGGGAAGCUGUACAGAGAGGAGUGUGUUUCUGCAGGUGGACUGGAGGGACUGUGAGGGGUGGGAGAUGGACACGGAGUCAGAGGCUGCCGAG